UCUGGCUGCAGCCGCGGGAGGAGGAGGCAUAGGGAGCUGGGCGCGACCGCGGGCGAGGCUUCUUCAGAUCCGAAGAUGGCAGACAAGCCCGACAUGGGGGAGAUCGCGAGCUUCGACAAGGCCAAGCUCAAAAAGACGGAGACGCAGGAGAAGAACACUCUGCCCACCAAAGAGACAAUUGAACAAGAGAAGCGGAGUGAAAUUUCCUAGAUCCCUGGCGAGACAUGCACCUUGAAGGGACUCCCCACCCCCUACCCCGGUCCUGGUUUCGAGGGAACAUAGAUAGCCACCUGCAUUAUCCACAUUUAAAGGCAAGAUGCACUGGGAAAGAGGGCCAUCGACUUGGGCGGUCAGCCCUCCGAGAAGGGUUCGUCACUGGACUUCACAAUCUCGAACUGCCAUAUCCUAACCAGAUUACCCUGCAAUAGUAUAGAAAGUUAUUUGUAUGACUGAUGAAAAUAAAGAUUACAUUGUGAAA